AUGGCCUUCCGGGAGUCCAAGCCCUGGGUCCCUGCAUCCCUGCUGAGCCAGAGGCUGAAAGUUGAGGAGAAAACACUGGGCCUGGAGUUCGAAGUCUUGAGCAUGAGGUUUAAUGAGGCUGGCAGAUACGCCCUGCGCCUGUCCGCUGAGAACCUCCUGCAGGCCGGCUCCAAGGAGAGGGUGCAGUUGCAAGUGAAUGGUGAGGACCCUCUCCCUGCCUGUUCUACUGUCACUGAUGUCAUUGAACAGCAGAAUCUUGGCCAGAGCAUUGCCCUCUCCAGGAACAAGUUUGUCUUCAUCUUGCCCAAAGGGUUUUGCAAGAAUGACAGGCAUGGUUGACUGAUUCCAGGGCAUGAUGCAUGGCUUCAGGUGGAAACACUGAGGUUGAAUGGGGCCUCAGGACGGACAGCCCAGCAAUUGGCUGAGGCCAUUUUCCCUAUCUAUCCACACUCAGACCAGCCCUGCAUGAACUUCGCCUCUUGGGACCACGAGGACCUGUACCACUACUGUGGCACCCUGGCUCUGCUCUGGGCCAGUGCAGACCUCAUGUCUUGCCACUGUGGGGGCCUAGCCUAUAGUGUGGUCUUCCAGGCACACCAGGCCCUGAGGCCACCUGCCUUAAACUGCUCACCAGGGGCCAGCCAGCCAGAGCCAGAAUCUGAGGACCCACAGGAGCCCCUGGGCACCUCUCAGAAUGCAGAAUCUGGCAUCAACCACCUGUCCCCCUCUAAUAAGGAGACCAUCAUGGUCACUCUCCAUGGGGCUAUCAAUCUACCCACCUGCAAGGAUGACUCUGAGCCAUGGCCCUAUGUGAUUGUGAAAACCACGUCCGAGGACUCACAGAGCCAGAUUUCCAAGGCAGUCACAUCUGUGACCUCAGAGCCCACCAGAGCCCCCAUCUGGGGCGACACAGUGCAAGUAGAGAUCCAAGCCGAGGAUGCUGGGCAAGAAGAUGUGGUGCUGAAGGUGCUGGACAGCAAAAAGAAAGAGGAACUGCUGUCCUACAAAAUCCCUAUCAAAUACCUACGUGUCUUCCACCCCUACCACUUCAAACUGGUGAAGCCCACCCAGUCUGAGAAAUCUGGUGAAGCCACUUCCAAGACCCAACUAUUUGCAACAAUCAUCAGGAAGGGCAGCUUCAUCCCCCUCUACAUUGGCUGCAACCACACGGCUCUCGAGGUCUUUCUCAGGGGAGUCAAUGAGCCUCUGGCCAACAACCCCAGACCCAUGGUGGUGAUUGCCCGAGUGGUUCCCAACUACAAGGAGUUUAAGUCCAGCCAGGUGAACCAAGACCCAGCAUCCCUGGGUCUGCCUAUUACCCAACUAUCCUUCCCUAUCUCAUCAGUAAUGAACUUUGAUGUUCCUCGUAUCAGCAAAAAUGGAUGCCCUCAGCUGACCAAGCCUGGGGGCCCCCCAGAGCAGCCCCUGUGGAAUCAGUCCUUCCUCUUCCAAGGCUCUGAUGGAGCCACCACCUUCUCAGAAGACACAGCCCUGGUCUUGGAAUACUACUCAUCAUCAUCAAUGAAAGGCAGUGAACCGUGGACCUUCAGCCAGCCCCUGGGCAUCUCUGUGUUGCCACUCAAGAAUCGUUUGUACCGCAAGAUGCUGAUUGGGAAGGGGCUGAGCGGGCUGCGCAUGGAACGGCUCCCCAUCAUUAAAACCAACCUGAAAACCAUAAAUGGUAAGGCUCCCACGGUGGAUCUCUCCCUCCAGCUGCAUUCUUCAGAGAGGCCAGAAAACUUCCUGACAUCAAACAGCAGCAAGGUUCUGCCCACUCUGGAUCCCAAGAUCCUGGAUGAGAAUCUGGGUACCAUCUCUGAGUCCUGGUCAAAGCCCAUGGGGAGCUCCACAGUGAAUUCUAGCACAUCCAUCUCUCAGGAAGCAGAGGAGGAGCCUCAGGUGCCAGAGAUGUCCAAUGAAAAGGAGAUGAACAACUACCGGCGGGCCAUGCAGAAGAUGGCUGAGGACAUCAUCUCGCUGCGGAAGCAGGCCAGCAUCCUGGAGGCUGAGAAUCGCAUGUUGAAGAGCCACCUGAACCUGCAGGAGACCGAGGAAGAAGAAGAGUACAAAGCCGAGGAGGCCCAGAACCUGGUGUCCAUGAAGCAGAAACUGCUGUGGAAUGAGGUGGAUAUGAAGAAAUUGAGGGACAAGGUGCAGCAUUUGCAGAAUGAGCUGAUUCGAAAAAAUGAUCGAGAGAAGGAGCUGCUCCUUCUGCACCAGGCUCAGCAGCCACAGUCUGUGCUCCUGAAGAGGUACCAGGACAGGCUGCAGAAGAUGAAGGCCUUGGAGGAGACCGUGCAGCACCAGGAAAAGGUGAUUCAGAAGAUGGAGAGGGUGCUGGAGGACAAGCUGAAGGAUAGGAAUGAGCCCCUUCUGAAUAGGCCGCAGGGAAAACCCACUGUAGCCUUCCCCACACUCUCAGCCUCCGGCCUUCCACCAGGUCCUGUAAGAGAGAACUUGCCUGGUGACCUUUACUCAGUGCUGCUGGCGGAAAACUCAAGGCUGCGGGCCGAGCUGGAUAAAACCCGCCACCAGUCGGCCCCCAUUAUUCUGCAGCAACAGGCCCUUCCGGAUCUCCUUGCCAAUACUUCAGACAAGUUUAACCUCUUGGCCAAGCUGGAACGAGCUCAGAGCCGGAUCCUGUCCCUGGAAAGCCAGUUAGAGGACUCAGCCCGACGUUGGGGACAAGAGAAGCAGGACUUAGCAACACGGCUGCAGGAGCAAGAGUAUGGCUUCAGGCACCCCUCAAACUCUGUCCUCACAGACCUACCCGAACCCCCGACCCACCCCAAGGACCACAGUCGACCUUCAAAGCUGGACCCAUUGCUGCCCAGCUCAGAGAUUAAUCCCAACCAGCCAUCGACCUCCCAGAAGGAGACUUCUAAGUCCUAGCAGACCUGA